CCGCUCGCGAUUGGUCGUCUCAGCCUCAGCUGCAGCCUCGCCGCUGCAGCUCAGGCCCCGCUCACCUAGGGCCCACACCAGAGCCACGCCCCCUCCGGCUCCGCCCCCUCGCGGGGGUUUCAAGUUCUGUUUCCCGCCAUCUCCGGCUCCGCCGCCUCCCGCCGACUUGCGCCACUGAGGGGAUAUGUUAUUUGCUAAUGAGAUUGUGUCGGUUCAAAGAUUUCUGCUAAAAUUGAAGACAAAGACAUUAAUAUAGCAAUGAUGAGGAAAUGGGAGUCAUUGCGGAAGCAGAUUGAAGAGCGGGCAUCUCACUAUGAAAAGAAGCCACUGUCCUCCGUGUACAGACCGAGACUGGCCAGGCCAGAAGAACCGUCCUCCAUCUGGAAGCUAUUUCAUCGUCAGAGUCAAGCUUUUAAUUUUGUUAAAAGCUGUAAAGAGAAUGUUCACAUAUUUGCUUUGGAAUGCAAAGUGGGAAAUGGACAACGUGUUUACCUUGUAACAUCCUACGCUCAACUUUGGUUUUACUAUAAGACCCGGAAAACCCUCUUACACUGCUAUGAAGUUAUUCCUGAGAACGCUGUGUGCAAGCUUUAUUUUGAUUUGGAAUUUAACAAAUUGGCCAAUCCAGGAGCUGAUGGGAAGAAGAUGGUUGCGUUGCUCAUACAGCAUGUUUGUAAAGCACUUUUGGAGUCUUACAAUGUUCACUGCUCAGCUGAAGAUGUUUUCAACCUGGAUUCCAGCACUGAGGAAAAAUUCAGCCGACACCUAAUAUUUCAGCUCCACGAUGUGGCAUUUAAAGAUAACAGCCAUGUUGGUAAUUUUGUGAGAAAAAUUUUGCAACCUGCUCUUCACUUAAUUGCCAAGGAUGAUGGAGAUAAGAUCCCAGAGGCAGCAGGCCAUGCAGCCUCCUGUUUUUCUGUUAUACCCUUAAAACAAGAGAUCUCAGAAGCCUGGAAAGACCUGGAGUCGCCUAAGCAGUAUGACCCUGAUCUUUCAUUUUUAGUUGUGAAAAACCACAUAGGAGAAAAAUGUCUUUUUGUGGAUCUAGGAGUGUAUACAAAAAACAGAAACUUUCGACUGUAUCAGUCAUCAAAAGUAGGAAAGUGUGUGUCUUUGGAGGUUGCUGAAGAUAACAGAUUUAUUCCAAAACAGUCAAAAGAUCUUUCUGAGGAAAACCAGAAUUUCCUGUCUUCCCUGGUGAGCAACGUGAGAUUCUCAGACACUUUGCGGAUUCUCACAUGCGAUCCACCUCAGACUAAACGAAAGCGGGCUGAGUGUCUUAACAGUACUGGCACGCCAGUGGAAUCCAUUGAAGGCUUCCAGGGCUCACCAUACCCUGAGGUUGACCAAUUUGUUCUUUCUUUGGUGAACAAGCAUGACAUUAAAGGAGGAAUUCGGCGUUGGAACUACUUUUUCCCAGAAGAAUUACUGGUUUAUGAUAUAUGUAAAUAUCGCUGGUGUGAAAACAUUGGAAGAGCCCACAAGAGUAAUAAUAUCAUGAUUCUGGUUGAUCUGAAAAAUGAAGUUUGGUAUCAGAAAUGCCAUGACCCUGUGUGCAAAGCACAAAACUUCAAAUCCACCUGUCUCCCAUUACCCCCUGAAGUAAGCCUCCUAUUUCUUCUGAAAGAUGAAGAUUUCACUUCUGGAGAAACAGAUGAAACCAGCAACCCACCAUCCUGCAACUUGACCGCAGGCAGGCUGUCUGCUGCCGACUGGGACGAUGAAGACGAUGCCUUUCUCUUAGAAGCUACAGAAGAUGCGGAGUUUGCUGACGCUGCAGAUAAAAGUCUUUGUGGUUCAAUGGAUAUUCCUGAUGAGCUAAUUCUAGAAGCUUUACAGAAUAGCUGACAUAACGCAGCUACAAUGUGCCCGAAGCCUGAGAUUUUAUAACAUAAAUGAUAAAUGAUUGCUGGACUGUAGCCCAAUGUUAGAAUACUUACCUACAGUAUAUAAGGCCCUGUAUUUAACCCUGUACAUUUAAUAUCAUACAAAAAUCAAAGAUAUUAACUCACUGUUAAACCUGUUUAUAGCAACUGCUUUAUUAAUUGGUUUACCAAAGCCAGAUUUAUUGAAGAUUACCUUUGACAUACUUCAGGAGAUGCUCCUAGUUAACCAAAAUUAUUCUAUGCUUGCAUUUGCACUGACAUCAUUAAAGAGUUUAUUAUAGGUUAA